CAAGAGGAGGAGGAAGAAGCGUCGAGGGAGGAGGAGAGAGAGAGAGAGAGAGAGAGAAGCUAAGCGGAGGUAUCGGGUGGAGGGUUUGUGAGUUCCCUCUCAGUGGCUCAUCCUUCCACCCUCUUCCACCUCUACUCCAGUCCCUGGCACGCCCGUCAUGGCUCUCUUCGCCCCUUCCUCCAUCGUGGACCUCUCAGACGAUGUAUUGCUGCUCAUUUUUUCCUCUCUCAAGUCCUGGGACCUCCUUAAUCUGUCGCGGACUUGUCAGCGCUUCAGCAAGGUUGCCAGUGACAAGUCUCUGUGGGGUGAUGUUGACUUCAGCGAUGGCUGCCUCUCCCUGCAGCAAGUGCGGCAGUGUCUGGUGUUCUUGCGGCCCAACACACGCCGAGUGGUGCUUCGUGGACACAAGAAAAAAUUUGCUGGCACUCCCAAAUGGAAGACACCACUCAUCAGUGCCAGCCUUCUCAAGCUGAUUGGUGAAAAGUGCCCCAAUCUGGAGGAGCUGACCCUCAAGGAGGCAUUUGUCAAUGCCAACAAGGUCAAGAUGACUGACUUUGCACAUGUCCAGUCCAUCACCAAGCUCUCCCUGGUGGAUUGUGAGUUUGUGAACCUCCCCUCCCUCUCCAAGGAUGCUUCCUACUUCAAGAAGAUGCACAAAACUCUGCCACGACUGGAGGUGCUGGAGAUUACCAAGUGUGGCUGGGUGGAUGACUACGAUGUGAUGGUGCUGAGCAAGGCUGAGGUGGUCCGGCGGCUGGUGCUCAGGAACUUGCCUAAGGUGGGCCAGGCCAUGGUCUACAUAGCCCUUGGUUUUCGCUUUGGCUUCCAGAAUCUUGAGGAGCUGGACCUUAGGGGAACCAGCCUAGAGGACAAUGAGGUGUUCUCGGUGGUGCAGAAUGGCAAGCUACGGGCGUUGUAUCUUGGACCAUUGGGGCCAGUCAAGCGGCUGGAGAAAGGUCCACUGGCACGGCACAAUGUGAUAAUGCCAGAUCCACGACGGCAGGAGGAGCGCCAGCAGGUGGUAGUGAUCAAUGUGGGCCCUAAUGGUCCUCAGUGGCGGCAGGUGAAUGAUGAGGAACUGGAUGACAUGGGUUUAGACUGGGUGAGGAAUGCCCGGGCAGCACAGCGGCGGCAGGAUCAUGAACUUGAUGAUGAUAGGCACUACUUUAUUGAUAAGGAUGGCAGGCCAAUAGAGGAGGAGGAAGAGGAUGGCUGCAGCAGUGGUAGCAGUGGCAGUGUGGCUCCCCAGGAGCGUGCUGCCAAGAGGCGCCUCCUGCCUCACCGUGGUGAACCUUCAGCCAAGCAAAGCAGGGCAAGGAGGCAACCUGGCCACUGCCACAAGGACUCUCCAGCUCAUUCUGAUGCAGAGGACAGUACACUGAAGGAAGAUGAAGACGGAGAAGAGGGAGAGGAGGAUGAAGAGGUGGAGGAGUUUGGCCCAUACAGUCCUAAUGUAGAGGAGGACCCAAAUGACUCCACCUUAUCUGAUGCUCCACCAAGCCUAGAUGACCACCUCUCAGAUAAGCUAGUGCCAGCAUUUGGCCAGAAGACGAAGCACCUGCACACGUUGGUGCUUGCUGGGUGUGCCAUCACUGACCGUGGGCUGCAAGAGAUUGUGCGCCUGGUCCCCUCACUGCGGCUGCUGGACCUCACCAACACACGGGUCACCAGUGGUGCCCUGCAGGAGGCCAGGGUGGCUCGGCCAGACUGUGUCAUCCUAGGGGGCAGCACCAGGCCACCGCGCCACCACAAGAGCAGAUGAUGCCGACUGCAGGGUACCACGAGAACCCGGAAGUGACCAGGUGUUCUCACUGCCAAGCAAAGUUCCUCAGGUAUUCAGGAGACGCUGUUGGCCUCCUCUGCUGUGGCAGCCGUGUCUGUGUGAUUGGCUGAUGCCACUCACUGACCUAGAGACACUGCAGUAGGAUUGGGUGGCAGGAGGGGGGGGCAGCUAGAAACACCAGAUUGUUUCUGUGUUAAUUGUCGUUCAAUCUCCGGGUUUGUCUUUAAGUGAAAAGUUGAAACUGGAGGUCCUGGUGCUUUGCCUCGCUCUUAGUGACUUACUGGAGGGAGUAAUGUUGACCUGUGAAUGUUUAAGUCAACUGUUUAUUUGUAUGCAUAGAAGAGACAUUACACUACUGUUUGAACAAGGAUUAUUAAUGGCAUAAAGAUACCUGACCAGCCCUUUUUUUUUUUAUAUUAUUUUUAGAUUUGUUUUUACAGUUCUGUUCUUGCCAUUGCUGAUUCAGUUUUAUGUUUAAAGCUUUAGCCUCUCAAGGUCUCUCCAUAUCUUAUUGCCUAAAGAAAAUUAGGAUAAGUGAUGUGUGGAAACCAAUGGUUGUGUGUGUGCUUGAGCCAACUACUGUGACAUCCCUCAAGUCACCUUUACAUUUAGCACCUCACACAUAAUGUAUGUCCUUUGAUUCAAUCACUAGUUGCUCUUAAAGGAAAGUUUUUGGUAAGAUUGUAUGUAAUAUUGUAUUGAAUCUCUGGGUGACUUUUGAGUGGAGGAAAUGUGUGUGAAAAUGUGUCUUGAGGACUGAGGUUUUGGCCUGGCUAGUGCAAGAUGUGCCUCACUGCCUUGAUUACCCCGAAGCACACACACACACUUGCAGGCAUCUCACUUGGGCUGCAGUACAAGGAGCCAAGACACUGUGAUGCAGUGCUCCCUUAGGUGAAUGUUGGCCUUGCAAAUGGGCUGAGGAAUUUCUCAUAAGGAUGUAUUGAUGAAAUCUUUGUAUUUUAUUAUCUUUAUAUGUUUUAUGAAAUAUGUAUGUGUAUAUUAUUUGUGAGGCACAGAAAACCUGAAUGUAUCUAUAUUGUGCUAGUAAUGAUUGUAGUAAGUUGGUGUGUUGCAAUGAAGUGCAGCAGAUUUGUUGCUUCACUGAGAGUGGAGAAAUGAUUGUCUGCACCAUGUGCAAGACUGCUGUAUUGCUGGGGCUCUGUGCUGCUAUAGUAAGUGCCCCAGGCCCUCAGGGGACCCAGUUAGCUGUGGUGUUGAGUUGCGUGUGUGAGUGGCAAUGAAUGAGUGAAAUGUUAUCUAUGCAGCAGAGCCUCCCUAAGUCAACUCACAGAGUAAACAUUCACUUCUUGAACUUAGCCAUUGUGUUAGCUGAAGGUCAUGUACUUACAAAAAAGAGAGUCUUGUGAUGUUAUCACUCACUGACAUUGAAAAUUAUUAUGCAAGUGAAAUGAAUAAAAAUGUAACAUACAUACCUUAAUGAAAGCAAAAUAUGAAAUUUAAGAGCUUUGGUUAUGGUAAAAUAUGUAAGAAUAAAAGUACUGCUGAGAUUAAUAGAAAUAAUCUUUUGAGACCUCAUUUAGAAUUUGCCAAAUCUAGCAUAGUGUUAUUUGAAAAUUGUCUAAACAACUAUUGAUCACAGUACCAUGUCAUUGAGUGAAGAGAAAGGCAUAUACAAUUGAUUUGUAUUUUAAUUUGUGAAGAUUGAAAUUGGCUUUGUCAGAUUAUGUAAACCAUAUGCAGGUUAGCUUACUUAUGUUGACAACAUACUGGUGUCAGUUGGUUGGCAGUAGUUGUACAAAUAGUAAUGGCAGGCAGGAUGUAGUCAUGGAAAUAGUGGUGGUGCCUAGAUGGUGUAAGAUACCAUUAAGAAUAAUUAUUCCUGACAAUUUUCGGGAUAAAUAACAGUACCAGCAGUGUUGACUUAAGGAGGCUUUGCACUGAUAUAUGUAUCACAUAACAUUUAUAAUUAUUACGGACAUAUAUAGCUGCAGAUCUCGUGUAGUGAAGUGUGGAGAGGAGCAUGAGAGCAUGAAGUGAGGGUUUGCCCAUGAGCUUGAUGAACAAUCAAUAACUAAGCAUCUUCCUGCAAAGAUUCAGGAUUAAAGUUAUUGUAGUCCUCGGUCACUACUGCCUGGAAGGAAGACAUGCGGAGAGGAUUUUUAUUCUCACAUAUACAUGAAAGUGGCUCGAUAUUAGCUUUAGAAUCUUGUGUAUGACAAUUAAUUCAGAGACUGCCAAGAAUUAAGACAUUGUCACAGAGGAACGUUGUUUCUGGAGUUAUCGUAGUAUUCCAGCUAUGGAAAAUGAUGAUUUGUUGAUCAGUUGAAGAAGUCAUGUUUUUACUUGCAUCUAAAUUUUUCAUCAAUGAAGGAAAUUUACAAAGUUGCAUCUUGUUGCAGAAAAUCCACCACUAUGGUGACGUUAUUUUCUGAUGAUCUUGGGUUAGCAGGGAAUUCUUUGUAAUUUGUGAUGGGAGGGAGCAUAUGUUUCCCUAUGCUGGAGGCCCUGGGCACCUGAUGUCAGUAAAGCCUCGCACUCUACUUAGAUGCUAUUGCUGCUGCUGCCCUCUUCCCUCCUCACCUCAUAGCCUUGUGAAGCACACUGUUAGUAAAGUGGCCAUUCUCACCUCAUCAGAACUGUUUCUCAGAGACCUCUGUGAAUCAGUAGUAUAUUGGUCCAUUGGGAUUACUGUGGUGGCUGAGCAGUCAUCUUCCGAAGCAAUCGUCAGCCACACAAGGGGAUAGAGGGUAGCAAUGCAUAACAAUGAGUGAUUUGUGUCAAAGGGGAAGAGGCAGAUGAGCUCAGCUGUUACAGUAAUGUGAGCUGGCUAUAGUUCAAUGCUAUAAUUAGGAUGCAUGAUUGAUAUGAAAUAUACAACACACUUGUAUGUAUCCUAUCUCAUAACCAAGUAAACAUUAUAUUGUCAUAUAUGUAAGUACUUAAGGGUACACAAUGCCUUCAGACCAUACAAGUAUUUCAACUCCUACGCAAACCAUGAGUGUUCCUUCAAUGUCUGCCAUUAUGAAUGCUAGCAGACUGCUGAGUGGAGAUGGUCACUGUGCUGUGUGCUGCUCAAAGUUCUAGUUCCCCUUUGUUUUCUAACUCUGACCCUCCUCUUUGCAGACACUUGCCUCAAGAAAUUAAGCACUGAUGUAGUGCCAUCAUGAUAGCUAUGCCAUUCACAACUUGACCAAUACGAAUAUUAAGUUAUAAUCAGAUUGAUGAGAUGAUUCACUGUGUUGUGUUGUACUGCUGAAAGGAGAGUCAGAAGUUAGGUUAAGGAUAAAUGAUUUAAAUAGGUUUCUUUCCUGAGCUUAAAAUGAUCAGUUUCUGAGAGGAGUUCCAGAACACAUCAUUAUAGUGUGUUGGUAAUGGAAAACUAUUUCAUGACACCCAUAACUUAUUACAUCAUCAUCAUCAUCACCAUCAUCACCACCACCACCACCACCACUAUCAUCAUCACCAUUAUUAUUAAUAGCAAUUAAAUGUUUGAUGGCUUGUUUAAUAAGUUUUAACAACUUGUUUAUCAUAUUAGAGAAGUGCCUGACAGAAUAGGCUCUUACCUACACUUGCAAAUGGCAUAUUCCUUCAUUCAUGUAGACAUCUUAGUUUUCCUGAUCCCUGACCAGCUAUGAGAGACUGAACUAUAGGAGGUGUGUAGAGCCAAAGGGACAAACUUGCCAAAACAGUUUUGAGAGAUAUGAGACCCUAAAGUAUUACAAAUUGGAUUUGCUCCUAUAUUGUCAAUAAAUAUGUAAACAUA